UAUAACAUAUACGUUAUAAACGUCCCCGCUUUUACCGCCAUUGAUCACCGCAGUGGCGCUCUCGCAUUCUUCUCGUCGUCUGUCGCCGGUACGUCGUGUGAGCCGCGUGUGCGUUUUUUCUUCCAAGAAAGCUUACAACAAAUGAUGCGUAUGCAAGCUGCAUCAAACAUAACUUUGAGAAAUAUGGAGAAACGAUUAGCAAAAAUAGAAGAUGCUAUUAAACAGCGUACUCGAAGUCCUGAUGCAAUCAAUGAUAAUCUUAUUGCACCAUUUUUACCAUUGUCGUCGAUUACGGCUAUAAAAGAGUUUGAUGCAUUUUUGAAAACAUCAAAUGAGGCAGUGAUACAAUUUAAAGAGUUUAUGUCAAAAACUGGCGGACACAAUGGCAAGGACAAUAUUCAUCGAAUAUUAAAUAAAACAAUAACGAAUGAAUGCGCAAUACAAUGUUCGUGGAAGGGAUUGCGGAAUAAUUUUAGAAUUUCCGAUUUACAUUUAAUAAAAAUUAUGAAAAGAGAGGUAACAUUACGCUACGCAAUGUUUACCGAAACGGAGUUUGAUGCUAUUACUUCCGAAUGGAUACGGUUUGCCAAUCAAAGAAGUAAGAGAGCUAAAGCAAAAGAAACCGUCAAUGAAGAUAAUGAAGCAAAUUAGGCUACAAGAUCCUAAAUAAGCGAUAAACUUAUUAUUUCAUCGCGGCUUUAUUAAAAAUCUUUGAAAUGUUAAUAUACACUUUGUAUAAUAUUAUAUAUGUACGACAGAAAAUGG